AUGGCCGCCGCUACCUCCGCUGCUUCGGCUCAGCAGCCCACCGUCUUCCCCCACAGCCAUGUCGGUUUCGACAGCAUCACUUCCCAGAUCGAGCGGAAGCUGUUGAAGCGUGGUUUCCAGUUCAAUGUCAUGUGUGUCGGUCAAACCGGCCUGGGCAAGUCGACUCUGGUCAACACCAUCUUCGCAUCCCACCUGAUCGACUCCAAGGAAUCCGAGAAGACUGCAAGCAAGGUGCAAUGGCUAACGGAAGAGUCAAUAGUCAUCGAGGAGAACGGCGUUCGUCUGCGUCUGAACAUUGUCGACACACCGGGAUACGGUGACCAGGUGAACAACGACCGCUGCUGGGACCCCAUCGUCAAGUACAUCAAGGACCAACACUCGGCAUACCUCCGCAAGGAGCUCACCGCGCAGCGUGAACGUUAUAUCCAAGAUACCCGUAUCCACUGCUGCUUGUUCUUCAUUCAGCCUUCCGGUCAUGCUCUCAAGCCCAUCGAUAUUGUUGUCCUGAAGAAGCUGUCCGAUGUCGUCAACGUUGUUCCCGUUAUCGCCAAGGCUGACUCUCUGACUCUUGAGGAGCGCCAGGCCUUUAAGGAGCGCAUUAAGGAGGAGUUCACCUUCCACAACUUGAAGAUGUACCCAUAUGAUAACGACGAGCUCGACGACGAGGAGCGCUCUAUCAACGCCCAGAUUAAGGAAAUCAUCCCCUUCUCCGUGGUCGGCAGUGAAAAGACCAUUGUCGUCAACGGCAAGCAGGUCCGCGGUCGUCAGAAUCGCUGGGGUGUCAUCAACGUCGAGGACGAGAACCACUGCGAAUUUGUCUACCUGCGCAACUUCCUGACCCGUACCCACCUGCAGGACCUAGUCGAGACCACCAGCCAGAUCCACUACGAGACCUUCCGUGCCAAGCAGCUGCUGGCUCUGAAGGAGAGCAGCGCUGCCGGUGGCCACUCUGCCGGUGGCAGUCGACCCAUCAGUCCCUCUGCGGACCGGGAGCUCAGCCGUAACUCGCAACGGGCGGCCAUGAACGGCUACUAA